AGAAGAAGUAUACGUAGGAAAGUGAAAAACAGGUUGGGGCGGGGUGGCGUUGGAGUGCAAUCGAUUUGAUCAAAGUGUAAAGUGAAUCUAAUCUUACACAGGAGCCUUUUUCAACAGCUAAGAAGGUUCUGCAAUUUUUGUUGUAUAGAGUUGUGCGUUUAAAUGUGAACUCGUGAUAAAGGAUUUGUCGAGCCGUAGAAGUUCUGUCAUUUUACCGUAGUUAACAACACACUAUCUCCUUUGUUCGCUGGCACUGCGGUACACUAACGGGGUGUGUUUCUGAUCGGGUCCUGUGUCGUAUGUGUGUAUGUGUGAUGUGCGCGCGCACUCUGAGUGGUAUCUAGGAUUCAGUGACGGGAAACAUUUUUGUCUUUUUAAAGCCACUUACCACAGACAUGAGUCGUUACGGAGCCGGAGGAAAGUACAACUACCGUGACCUGGAACAGUUCCGUGACCAAGGUCAGUGGAAGACAGUCCCGCAGUACGGCGCGCGGAGAUGGGAUCCCCCGCUUGGCAACGGCGUCUACCUGUUCAUCCGGUUCCCGGGACACUCGGCUGAGUUUGCGGCUCAAACUGUGGUGUUGGGGAAAAGAUGUAUCUUGUCCUACAGAGGCGAGUUUGUGGGCAUUGCCAGGAAGAUCCACAACCUGAGCUCUGGUCCCCGCCAGGAAGAGUCCCUCGUCAUGUAUCUGUUUGAGUCAACAUUCGGGGCCGAGAGGUUCUUUGUCAGUGACGGCAGGUUCAAGCAACACGACUUUCCCCCACCUGCUGGGGCCUGUGAGGCUUGGACGACGGUCAAGUAUCUAGACACGAAAGAUGAGGAGUUUCGCGACUUCCAGACAUACAUGCUGUGUUACACAACCCUCAACGGCUGUAGCUUCCACCAGUACAGAGACGAGGUGAACCAACCUCUGGGGGCACUCAUUGAGCAAUAUGGAGGAAUGCCCUUUGUUGUCCAGAAUGUUGGCGUGAACUCCCUGAGACGUCACCACAUCGAUGACCAGACCAUGGUCACUCUGCACUUCUUCAAGAGCGAGGAUGACGUCAAGAGUUUAAUGAUGGAUGCCCGUUAUGACGAAAUCAAGAGAAAGCAGCUGUUGCUUGCCCAAGAUGUAACUUCUGUGUUUACCAUUGAUCACGAUGCCUGCCCUUAGAACAAUCUAUUUUAUUACGCUUUGAUGAAAAAAUAAUACUAUAAUUCUCCUCUUUUACUUGACUGACUUAAACGUAAAUCCAACAUGAAACACGUUUACUGAGGGUAUAUCUCUGAGUUCAUCGAACUGAACUGUAUAGUCUUGCAAAUAUUUUCAGGUUUUUUCUUACCCUGUUUUCUCCUAUUCUUUUUCCUUCUCAGUCAUAAGUCUAAUGGGAUAAAAGAUUUGUUUUACAUUUUGUUCCUUUAGAAGUCGUUGUUUGUGUUAUUGUUGCUGUCAUUGUUGUUGUAAUUGUUGUUGUAGUUGUUGUUGUUGCUGUUGUUGUUGUCUUUUUGGGGGGUUUUAUGGUUGUGGAUGUGAUGGUGGUGGUAGUCUUCUACUUUAUCCGUGUUUCCGGCCUUUCUCACUUCAUGUCCAUGUCAUUAUUUUUAGAAUAAGCUUCAUCUCAAACCCCGUUUUUGUUCUUGUUGCCAUUGUAAGUCUAUCUUUUAAUUUGUUUUCGUUUUUUGUUUACUUUUGUUGUCGAUUUUUUGGUCUUAUUUUUAUGAUGUUACUUUUGAGUUCCUUUUGCCCUCGUCAGUGUUUCCUUUCGAUAUUGAAGACUGUACAUAAUAAAUGUUUCAUAUACUUUAAUGUCGUAGGAAUGUGCUAUAAUAUACAACAUCUUUGUUUAUAAUAAAUACACAUAUUUGUUCAUUUCCUCUUCUUUAUACUUUGCACGUUAUCUUAACAUAAUUUCAGUUAGGUUUUAGGCUGUUUGACUUAUACAAAUACUGUCCAUUUCAAUGCUAGAAACUUCACUUGAUACCUCGUCUAAUUACAGCUAACGGUAUCUGUAUUGGUGUACGCCAAAUACAGCACACCCUGAUGUAACACAGUUGCACACAAACACUAGACAGGCCUAUACUGUCAUAGAACAAUAAAUGUACCACCAACUGCAACUUCUUAUUAGUAGCAGUGAGUCUGACAUAUUUUUGGAAGCAUGAGAAGAUCAAGAGUCUUUAUCUGAGUAUUUUUCUUUUGUACAUUUUAAUAUUGCAGACAAUCGUCAUUUAGACACCAAUAUGCCUGCUUUUCUACAACACUUAAAGAAGACUCUCAUAAGAACAUUACUUUUUCCCUUUCUCUAACUUACCAAAAGUAAAAGUCAAUUUUUGAGACAAAUAAUGAAGUAUGUCAUAUCUCAGUUUUGAAAUCCGCUAAAAAGAAAAUUUAUCAAUAAUUCCUAAGUGCCUAGUUGAAAUUUAAAAAUUGUCACAGCAGAAAAUGUAUAACAAUUUGCCCUGCGAUGUAAAUAAACAUUAAGUAUCCUAA